UGUCCAAAAUCUUAGGCAAACAAGGCCUACAUCUGCCACCCUCAUCUUCUUGAUCCACCAUUUGUUCUGAUACCAAGUUUCUAAUUUUACACCAAACCUAGUUUGUUAUCGCUCUGGGAUUCUGGAAAGUGGAAUUUGUGAUGGGAAACGGUUCCUCCAUGCUCACUCAGUACGACAUUGAAGGGGUCCAAGAACACUGCAGCAACACCUUUUCCCAGCAGGAGAUUGUUUCACUGUACCAGAGGUUCUGCCAGCUGGACAGGAGCGGAGGGGGCUUCAUCUCCGCCGAUGAGUUUAUGAAUGUGCCUGAAUUUGCCAUGAAUCCCCUCUCUCAGAGACUUUUGAGAAUGCUGGAUGGGCUAAAUUUCAAGGAGUUUGUGUUAUUUCUAUCUGCUUUUAGUUCUCGAGCGAGCUUGCAGCUGAAAGUUGAAUUUAUUUUUAAGGUUUAUGAUUCUGAUGGUAACCAUAAGGUUAGUUUCAAUGACGUUCUGGACAUAUUGCGUGAUUUGACGGGUCAAUUUAUAGCUGAACAUCAGAGAGAGCGUGUUCUUACCAAAGUUCUUGAGGAAGCAGGCUACAGAAAAGAUUCUGUAUUAGUUCCAGCUGACUUCAUGAAGAUCCUGGGCAGUUCUGUUCUGAAGAUGGAAGUUGAAGUUCCAGUAGAUUAGAGAUGAGAACGAUACAUAUUUUCCCGUUAAACUCGUGUUCGUGACAUUUUUAUCCUUCAUGUUUUAAGCCACUUAGCUGUUUUUUUUGUCUACUUCACGUGCUACAUCUCUGGGAUGCUUGAUUGUACUUGUAAGCAAAUACUAUUUCUAUAAAUUAUCAAGAUCUCAUUGAUUUGAGAA